AUGAUGAUUAUUAACUUCUGGCUAAUCCUAACAGCCACAUGCAUCCUCACUUCCCCAUCAAGCGCUGAAACAGAGCAAGUGCGAACCGCGCUCGCCCUGUUCAUGGAAACGCUCUCUCUCGGGAGUAACAUCCCGAGAGAGGCGAACUGGGGUUGGAACGCGAGUUCCGACCCAUGCACCGAUGCUUGGAAAGGCAUCACGUGCUACAGCGACGGGGCCACCGUCAAGAAAAUCAUCCUCGACGAGCUCAACCUCACCGGGCCCAUCGACGCCACCUCCCUCUGCGCGGCCGCCUCGAUAACCGUCCUCAGCCUCAACUCCAACGGCGUCACCGGAGAUCUCCCGGAGGAUAUAUCAAAAUGCACCAAACUCACCCAUGUCUAUCUCCAUGGAAACAGGCUGUCCGGAAGCCUCCCUACUUCCCUCUCCAGGCUGAAGAAUCUCAAGAGACUCGACGUCUCCGAUAAUGGAAUCUCCGGUGGCAUCCCGGAUAUCUCGAGAAUCUCCGGCCUGCUAACUUUUCUAGCUCAGAAUAAUCGGUUGAAUGGAAGCAUACCGAACUUCGACUUCGAAAAUCUUGAGGAAUUCAACGUCUCUAACAAUGAUCUCAGCGGCGCGAUCCCCGCCGGCGCCGGGGGGUUAAGCGUGUCGAGGUUUUUAGGCAAUCCGCUGCUGUGUGGGCCGCCGUUGCCUAAUGCCUGCCCGCCUCUGCCUCCUCAGCCGCCUCCGCCAAAAAAGAAAAGCGAUUCUUCUAAAAAGGACUACUUUAUCUAUUCCGGCUACGGUUUGAUCGGCGUGAUCGUCGUGCUCCUCAUCGCCUUCAAACUCAUGAAGAAGAAGGCGAGGAGAGAGAAGAAAGAUGCGGCGGCGAAGGGGUUCGGAUUCCGGAGAGACAGUGGGCACGACAAGAUCAGCGGAUCGUCGAGCGAUUCGAAGGCGGGAGGCGGGAACAGGUCGGAGUUCUCGAUAACUCCGGAGAGUGGGAAGAAUUCGUCGUCGCUGACUGUAUUGUCUAGCCCUCUGAUGAAUGGUCUGAAAUUCGAGGAUUUGCUCCGGUCGCCGGCGGAGAUGAUCAGCCGCGGCAGGCACGGGAGCCUGUACAAGGUGACGGUGGACGAGGGCGUGAAUUUGGCGGUGAAGAGGAUUAGGGAUUGGGAGAUUGGGAGAAAUGAAUUCAAGAUGAGAAUGCAGAGGAUUGAUGAGUUUAGGCAUCCGAAUGUGAUGCCGAUUGUUGCAUUCUAUUGUUCUAGGCAGGAGAAGCUCUUGGUGUAUCAUUUUCAAGAAAAUGGCAGCCUCUUCAACCUCCUUCAUGGACCUGCAAACAGUGAGAGCUUCGACUGGGGAAGCAGGCUAAACCUGGCGGCGAAAAUUGCGGAAGCGCUAGCGUACAUGCACCAAGGGCUGAAGGGAGAUGGAAUUGUGCACGGGAACUUGAAAUCCUCCAACAUAUUUCUGAGCAAGGAGAUGGAGCCCCUGAUCAGCGAGUACGGGCUGCAGGCAGGGGUCGGGAUCCACGACGAGUCUAUGGAAACGGACGUUUCGAGUAUGGGGAUUGUGCUGCUGGAGCUCCUGACGGGGAAGGUGGUGCAGAACAACGGGAUGGAGCUGGCGCGGUGGGUGAACUCGGCGAUAAGGGAGGAGUGGACGGUGGAGGUGUUCGAUAAGGCGCUGGUGGUGGAAGGAGCGAGCGAGGAGAGGAUGGUGAUGCUGCUGCAGCUGGCGCUUAAAUGCAUCGACAGAUCAUCGGAGCUCAGGCCUAGUGUUGCCGAAGUUGCUCGUGUGAUUGCCUCUAUAAGGGAGCAGGAGGAGAAAUCUGCUUCUUUUGAUUCUUUGUGA